AUGAAGGAUCUUACUCAUGCCACCUCUUUUUGCGUACUAUUACAGAAAUCUGGCACUAGCACCAUCAGGAUUCCAGUGAAAGUACCACCACCAGGAGGGAAAGCACUUAAAGAAAUAACAAAAAAGAAAAUUUACCCAAAAGAAGUAAUGAUAAUAAAAUGGAUAGCCCAAAUAAGAGACUUAUUCGAUAAUGAAGCUUCUGCUGAAUUCAAAGAGGAAGUGCGAACUCGGAAGCAAGAAUGUGUGGAUAAGAUGUAUAAAAAACCAAUGUUUGGACCACAGGAUACAAUAGGAGAACCGGAUUUUAUAGUGGUUGACGACAAUUAUGCCAUUCGAAUACAAAACCCGAUGGCAGUGUUGUCAUGUGACAGGGACAUGGGACAACGACACAUUUUCGACUUUUUAUGGACGGGACGGGACAUUAAAAAAUCUGUGGAGGGACAUUAG